AGUCUGUGUUCAACCAAACUACGAACAAACUUAUACUGUAGAUCUACAGAGACAUCAUGAGAGCCACUGCAGCCGUCCUACUGGUCCUCUGUCUCCUGGCCAUCAGUCAUGCAUGGGACUGUCAGACUGUAGUGGAUAUAUAUAAUCUGAUGCAGAUCGACGCAGGACUGGGACAAGUGGUUGCAACGAACACAAGUCAAAUCCCCUUCUACCUGGUAGGUGAUAAAUGGAUCCCCCUGCCUGGAUCCCUGAGGCAUAUCACUAUAGGACCAGCAGGGAUCUGGGGUGUCAACAGCGGAAACAUCAUCUUCAAGUAUGUGGCCGGUAACUGGCAGCAAUAUGCAAUCGGUGUGAAGCAGGUGGAUGCUGGGGGUGCCGAGUUUAUUGUGGGGGCCAACAUGGACAAUACUCCAUUCUGUGUGAAAAGUAGUGCCAUAGUUGGCAUCAUGGGACAAGACACACACUAUCAUGGGACAAGAUUGCCAGGAAGUGUGAAGUACCUCAGUUGUGGACACUUUGGGUGCUGGGCAGUCAACAACAAUGAUGAAAUCUUCUUAAUGAGUAAUGUGAACAAAGACACUUGUCAAAACAAGGGGUGGAGUCACAUUGACGGCAAGCUUUCCAUGAUUGAGGUGGCAACUGAUGGUAGUGUCUUUGGGGUCACCUCUGACGGCCAAGUUUAUACCAGAGACGGCAUCACAGCCAGUAAACCAGAGGGCACUGGAUGGAGCAUUGUCCCAAUGUACAUGCCAAUGACGCACGUGACCUACGACCUGGGACGUCUUUGGGUCGUCUCCAAGUCUGGCGUCACCAUGGUGUGCAAACGUUAGCCUCUCCUCUGCAUCUGAAGGCCGUUCAGGAUCUGACUAAAGUUCACUUGUUAACUCAUUGAUCUCUCUUUCUGGAGCAGACUUCUGCUUGAGAAUUAUCAACAUUAGUUCAGAACAAUCCUUCAUUCUAAAACCUAUUGCUCUAACAAUAUUUUUUUCAGUUUUUUAUCUCUAUCAAUAGUAAUCACUGAUCUUAAUGACAUUUUAAAGAAUUUUCUCUAACAUAAUUGACAAGCAACAGCUAUAUAAAAGUUUAUUAUUUUCUUAAUCACUCCUUGAUUAACACUUCAAUAGAGCUUUGCCAUAGCUGCUAUCUGAUCGUAGUGUAAACUUGGGCACGGUGAUCCACAUGGGUUUUGCUGUGCUUCAGAGGUCAUCAAUAGGGUUGGAUGGAAUCCUUGUCAUUAUCUCAUUAUAUAAUCAUUUCCCGUGGAUAAAGCAUUCAGUUUGAAACUAAUUUCAGUGUUUUUUUAAUCAUAUUGAACAGGGGGAUUUAAGGUUGCCCUGCAAAGAUCCAGUGAAACUUGAGAGAUCUGUUUUGUGAAUCUUCUUACUAUGAAUGUUAGAUACGAUUAAAGUACUACAGUGUUCAUGAACUGGUAAACCUUUAGUUCCCUGAUGCAUAGUUUGAUUGACAGGUGCCCUAUUCUUGUAGUCUCACAGGGACAUAUUGUUAUGUUGAUUUAAAUAAAGCCUUUGACAACA